CCAAACUGUUCGUCGACAUUGUCCACGACGACACCACAAACUUCCGAGGAACGUUCUCAGACAAUCAGCCAAGAUGGUCAACGUUCCCAAGACUCGCCGCACCUACUGCAAGGGCAAGACCUGCAAAAAGCACACCCAACACAAGGUCACGCAAUACAAGGCCGGAAAGGCCUCCCUAUUCGCGCAAGGAAAGCGUCGAUACGACCGCAAGCAAUCCGGUUAUGGUGGUCAAACGAAGCCCGUUUUCCACAAGAAGGCAAAGACAACCAAGAAGGUCGUGUUGAGAUUGGAAUGCACAGCUUGCAAGACAAAGGCACAAUUAGCGUUGAAGCGAUGCAAACACUUCGAGUUGGGUGGUGACAAGAAGACAAAGGGUGCUGCUCUGGUCUUCUAAACGGGGGGUCAUACGGUCUUAAGGUGCUGUGGCGAGAGCUUUUCAAUCACAAACUUCGCGAGGGUGGCAUGGCUAUCAUGACGGAUGUCUCGCAUACAGAAGGCGAUCAUGUCGCAGAUGCCAGUGCCAUUGCUUCUGCAGCGACUGUCAGUCACAUGGACCAGGUCCGCCUGAUCUGCUGAUAUCCAAGGAAUGCUUGAAUGAUUGAUUGAUGGGAACGCCAGACUACGCCCAAUAUUCUUCGAGAAACUCUGCACUCUCCCUCCUUUAUCCUGCCGGGCUUUGCGAACUAUUGCACUUGCACUAUGAAUCAAUAAAUCGACCGCUCCGUUCCAACUAUACC